UUCUUCCCCCUCUAUCUGAAGUGGAGCCUAGCAGUUCUGUUAGGUCCCUCAUCAGCCUUGAUGAAUCCAGUCAGACAGAUACUGUGGAACUUUUUAUUCAACAUCACUUUAAAGCAGUCGGUACAUACAACUCUGCAGGGCAUUGUGCCCUGUCCAGUAGUUUCUCCACAUUGGCUUGAGAGUGGGAACCCUACUGGGGAUUUAAAUAUCAGGUCCGGAAAGGGCUCCAGAUAGCUUGCCCACUUUUGAUAAGAAGUGAGUCGCCUGCCCCUCGGAAUGUCGGCUCCGUGCCCUUGCCCCGCCCCCGCCGCCAAGUCCAGGCCCAGCCCCGCCUCCCUGUGCCCCGCCCCUUCCUUGGCCCUCCGGGUGGACUGAAGCACAGGGUUGAGACCGGCUUUCUGACCUUUAACCUGAGCCGUGGGGGCUGGGCCCACAGUUACUGGCCCAGGUGAUCUAUCUGGGACGCGACCGAUCGGCGACCGACCGUUAGCGGCGGGUUCCCGGGUGAGAGGGUGGCGGGGUGUGGGCGGCCGCUGCUGUUUGGUGAGGAUGCGGUCCCGGACCACCUGCCGCGGGGUGGGGGUGUGGCGGGGCGAGGUGGGUAGUGGUGGGGGUGGGCUGGCCUGGCAGCUGUGAGCCCAGGGCCUGUGGGACUACUGGCUGGCAGGAGCCGCCAGGCAGGAAGGCAGAGCCGGAGUCCCGGGGGCUGCUUCCCAGUACAUUGUGUCCCCUCCCCCGAGGGAGUCUCGAGUGUGGUGGGCUUUCCAACUUCCCUGGCGGAGCUAGCAUCAAGCUCAAAAAAUGCCUGAAAUCCCACUGGGGGUACUUUGCAACCUCAUCUGUAGCUUUCUUUUUGCCUUGUGCAUUGCUUUACAUAAUAAAGAGGUGGUCGCUUUUAGGGGAAAUGUCUGAAAAACUGAGAAGAUGCAGAAAGGAACUGACUGCAGCCAUUGACCGAGCUUUUGAAGGAGUCAGUCAUUCCCAGGAGUGCUCAGGCCAGCAGAGGCUGGCGCUGGAUGCGGCGCAGCUCUUUCUCCCCCUCCCGGUGCACCGGCUGCUCUGCAGGAGGCACUCCCUGGCAGCCUGCUCUGUCUCAGCGCCUUUCACUCCUGUCCCAUGUGCUCCCGAGAGUGAGAGCUCUGCUUUUGCACCAAACCACGCCCCAAUGAGCGCAAAGUCACCAGCUUUGUGUCCCCAAAGAAAACCUCUGAUCAGCAAGGAAAAUGUAUUGAUGCAUACCUCCAUGUUGGCACCUGAAAGACAGUUUUGGAGAGUGGCAGGAGAUGGGGAGAACUGGAGAAAAGAAAGUCUAAGGAAAGAUUUGGAAAAAGAUUUGAAGGUUGACUCAAACUUGCCACUAAGCAGUUGUAGCCAAGAGGUCACAAAGGAUCUGCUUGAUAUGAUUGACCAUACAAGCAUCCGAACUAUUGAAGAAUUGGCUGGAAAACUAGAGUUUGAAAACGAGUUGAACCGUGUGUGUGGUCGUUGUGAAGAUUCACCCUUCAAGGAAGAAGCCUGGACCCUGCUGGUGGACGAGAGUCCCCAGAAGGCCUCAGAUGCUGACCCUGGCUGCCUUAAGCAGGCCUUCGAUGAUCACAAUAUCAUUCAGACUGUUCUGGACUUGGAAGAGGAUUACAAUUUGAUGACCUCUUUUAAAUACCAAAUUGAGUAAGGAUGGUUGAUUUUGUUACUGAUUUUUUGCAGGCUCUUAUUAAGGCAUCUGUACAGAAACAGUCACAGUUGUCACAGGACCACAGGGCCCAUUUUUCUGUUGUUUUGAAAUGCUACUUUCUGUUGAUUUCUCCUCCCCCGUCCCCAUUUUUAUGUUCAAUAUACCCAGUUGCCCAAGGCAGGUAUAGAUCCUGGGCCUUUGCUGUGUCUCUUGGUGUUCUUUUCCAUGAAAUCCUGAAAAAGCAAUUUGGACACAACCAGGGUGGUUGUAUCAUACCUCUGGCUGGGCCAGUUCAUCCCAGGUGAGCUCAGUGAAGAGUGACACUGGCCCUGUGCCCUCUGCCAUCCUUGUGUAUUUUGCACACAUUGCAGACUAUUUCCCAUUUGGGGCCCACGCUCUCCUCAUGUCCAGACCUGCCCUUCCUCCAUUCCCUCAUCCUUGUCUGUUCAGCUUAAAGGCCUAUUCAAGAGGCCUUGUGAUCGUGUCAGAGGGAAUGGCAGCAUUCCUGGUGCUCUCCUGACAGGACAUUCUCACGAGGCCUUCCCGCACACUGCAUCACACACACGGGCCCUGAGUUAAGGCGGUGAGUCAAGGAGGCAAAUACAGAUCCCACCCUUUCAGGCAUGCCUGAGUCUCAUCAGUCCCAUUCCAAGCACAGAAACCCUGGAAGCCGCGCAUGGUUCCCAUGGCAGCCACCCUGCUGGGCAAGUCAGGCAGGGAGUAAAGGAGAGCCAAGGUCACUAACCCCCCGGAGAGAGCAUCACUGCAAAGCUUAAUAGGACUUGUUCUAGCCCCACCCCUGGGAAGAAAGAAAGCACAUCACUAGAAAUUGUUCAGGUAGCUUUCUUAAAACUGUGCUGUUCUUUCAGGAAAACUUAAUAAGCUGUCAGGCAAUGUUUGAUGCCUCCAAAAAACUAGGGAGGAAGGCCCAGGGAGCCUCCCCCGCAGUCAGGCUAAUCACCUUGGCAUGGGGCAUGCUGUAGAGCCGGGGGUAGCCCUUUACCAUAGCGCUGACAGCUCCUUUGGGCUCACUUAAGGUGGGUCUUGCCUGGGGCUGUAGUCACUGCCACCUCUCUAGCUGGAGUGGUAGGGUAAGUGGUAGGAUAAGGCUAACCAGCGGCUUUUCCUUGGUCACCUGAAGCUCAGUACUACAGGUAGCGAGUGGCACCCUCAGUAAGCACUCGCAGCUUGUGGAAUUGGAGGCCAGUUUUGCCUUGAGCAGGAAGGACAGGAGCAAAUAAGAAACGCUCACAGCAUACUCCGCUGUCCUGCUCAGCUAGAGAAGGAGCUGUAUGGAUAGAGCCGUGUUGUUUGCUUUGAAAAAAGAAAAAAAUAGCAAGGUAGGUCUCAAAAGUGUAUGUUCCAGAUAAUACAUACUGAUGUGGAUAUUUUCCUGCAAGGAGGUGGAGCUUAAAUCCCUGUAUCUCCCAAUCCUAACCCAGUCCCAGUUAAACUUGAUUGCUUACCCCAAGGAAUAGAGGACGAUAAGGGGAAGGCACAACUUUUGGGUGGAGAAGCUUAGAGAAGCCACCGAACCAGGUAAAUACAUGAGCCAGGUGAACACCAGUGAUGUCUCCCACCCUGAUAGCAUCUGCCCGAAGGGCUUCACCUCCGAGGUAGUCUUACCCCAAAAUCCACAUUCCCAUUCUAAUUUAGGUAAAUGUCAUGUGAACCCAGACUGGGGAUUUUCUCCAGGUGCCCUGGCCAGUACGCAAGAUUGUCAGUAUCACAAAGGGCCAGGAAAGGCUCAAAAACUGUCAUAGAUACCACAGUGUGGUAUCCUAGAUUGCAUCCUAGAACAGAAAGGAGGCAUGAGUGGAAAGACUGAUUAAAUUGAAAUAAAGGCUAGAGUUACUAUUAAAGUAUUUGCUAGGCUCUUUAGUUUUGACAAAUAUACUACAAUUAUAUAAGAUGUUGGCAUUGGAGGCUAUGCGCACGGUAUAUAAAACUCAUUAUCUUUACAACAUUUUUAUAAACCAAGAGUUAUUCCAAAAUUAGGGGGAAAAUUUUAAUGUAGCUGAUCCCAAGUUUGUAAAAAUGUAUGUGCACAUGUACAGAAAAAUGUUAUGGAGGGAGUUUUAGUGUUUCUUUUUUUUUUCUUCUCUGUAUUUCCUAUUUUAACUGCAGUGCCACGGGUUACUUCUUCAGAAAGAAUAAAUUA